UGUUGCUGUGUGAAAGUGAAACCACCUCCUGUCAGUGACCAAGUUGCUCCAUAUAGUGCUAUUGAAAAUAUUUCAGUUCAAAAAUUAACUCCAGAGUAUAAGAUUGGCAUGGAACCAUUGGUAAAAACCAAAGCACCUCCACUGAAGGCUUCAGCACUAUGGCGAGAUAAACCAGCUGUUUUCCUGUGCCUCCGAAGACCAGGCUGCAUCAUGUGUAGAGCUGAGGCACACCAGCUUUUUUCCAGAAAACCCAUAUUUGAUGCACUUGGGGUUCAACUAUUUGCAGUCAUUCAUGAGCACAUAGAGUCAGAGGUAAAAAAAUUCUGGCCUAGAUAUUGGGGUGGUGUUGUACUUCUUGAUCGGGGUAGGGAUUUCUAUAGAGCUCUUGGAGGGGGAAAACUGCUCAAGGAGAAGUUCCUAUCAGGAUUUUUGCUGAAUACAAGAGCACUUUCCAACUUCAAGCGUGCAAAAAGCUUGGAAGUUAAAUACAAUUUCAAAGGAGAAGGUGAAAUAAAGGGUGGACUCUUUAUAAUAGGGAGUGGAAAGACUGGCAUUGCUUACCAGUUUAUAGAAAGGAACUUUGGUGAUUGGGCACCAGUAGCUGAAGUCAUUGAGAUCUGUACUCAAAUGCAGAACCAACAAGGAUUACAGUGAUUGAAUAUGUUCAGCCAGUCACUAAAAUUCUCCAGGAUACAACUUUUUGGCAAUAUAUGUCAGUAUUGGCUCAUGCAGACCAAAUUGAUAAAACUCUAUUAUUUGUUCCAAUAUAAAUUAUGUAUUUCCCCCCCUAAUAUUUAACCUUUAUGUG